ACAGAUGUUGAUGAAUGCAAUGAUGACAGACAUGAUUGUCACGUGAAUGGAACUUGUACAAACACCGCUGGAUCCUUUGAAUGUGUUUGCAACGAUGGAUACUUUGGAGACGGACUCAAUUGUUCAGGUAGUCAUUCAGACAAUAAGAUAAUUAAGGGCCCGAUCUCCCAAAAAUAUUUUUCGACCCUUCGGACCUCCGUUUGGUCUAAAAAUAAUGGUGGGGGGGGGGGAGAAGGGCCCCCCGGGCCCUGCCCCUGGAUCCGCCACUGAGCUCAGACCCCAAUUUCCACUGACCAAAUUAUUGACACUGGUCAGAAGGGAGCAGAUAGACGUUUUGCCUUUCAGUUGCACAUUCAUGCUAACGAGGCUUGGACAUUUGAUCAGGAUAAUAUAAAACGAUAAGAAAUGGAUAAAGAUCUAUCAAAAUCGUAGGAAAUCCAAGGCAGGCUCUGGUUUUAAGUACAUGUGGUUAAAAGUGGGGCGUUCUAUCUUAUUUAAAGAUCAAAAGGGAUAAGCACAAAAAGCUAGAAAAACAUGUGUAUAAUGUGUAAUCUCCUCCCCAGAACGUAAAAAAAGCACUGAAGACAACUAAUUUUUACUGUUUUAAGUCCUGCGAUCCAAACAGUCCCGUAAAGCGGCCCUCAGGAAAAAAAGCAAACAAACAAAGAAAAAGAAAACAAAGCAAAUUUGUCUGACGAAGUAAGUAGUAAUAGAUACGGGCAAAUUUAACACAUCUUCAGAAGCAACCAAAAUUAUAAAGAAAACAAUUUUGCUGAUCUCUCUUUGCUCUUCCUACAGAUGUUGAUGAGUGCAAAAAUGGAAGCCAUGACUGUCACGUGAAUGGAACUUGUUUAAACGCUGCUGGAUACUUUGAAUGUGUAUGCAACGAUGGAUACUUUGGAGACGGACGCAAUUGUACAGGUUGGUUACAAAAGAUAAAUUAAGUAGCUGUUGCAGUAGAGGUCAGUAUUGGAAAAAAAUGCGCACACGUGUGAUAAUAACAAUGAAUAAUUUAAUUGUCAUUAAUUAACAAUAAAUAAAUGAGGCUGAGUAUCUUAUGAAGAAUUAUGGAGAUCGAGGAAGGUGUUAUCCGUCGAGUCCGUUGGCCGAGGCGGAUAACACCCUCCGAGAUCUCCAUAAUUCUUCAUAUGAUACAAAAGCCGAAUUAAAUAAUUGUUUUAUUAUUCAUUCAAAAUAAUUGCUAGUUUAAAAACAUGGCUAAAACAUGCUUACCCCCAUCGAUCCAGCGAUGUUAAGUUCAUCUUCGAUAGUGCACGUUUAGGUUUGUCUAGCUCCGCAAAUAUUCUCCAAAUAGCAGAUGUUGCCCUUCGAGUUGUCCUCUUGCUGUUCUUGCCAUGUUUUUAGCUAUUUUUUCGCCUAGUUCUUACUCUUGAAACGAGUGAAAUGUCCACCAUUUUUUUUGUUUUCACAACCAAAACAACUCAACCUCGUCCCCAGGUCUUCUCGGUUAACGGUGCCUUAACCCGCACGAACGCUGCAUUUUUGACGUCAUUUCCUCGUUAAACACAAAAUUCUUCCAAAUUUGGUCAUCAGAAACUGGUUAUGAUGAAUUAUGCGUGUGUUUUUAGCCAGUUAGAAUCGGGGAAAUAUUUUGAAUGAAUAAUAAUUGUUCUUAAGAAGUUUGUUUACUUUGCCAACAAAUGUGCAUUUCGUAAGUAAGUUGAACAUCGAUCGUCCGGGUGAGAGAAGUCCUGAAUAGGACUGUUGUUGACAGCGAGUGACGUUUCGACAACCUGUGCGGUAGUCAGCUUCAGAGUCAAAGUGAGUUAUAUCGAUUGUUUACCAUUUACAUAGGAAAACAGGUCGGUUCACCGUUUGGGUAAAUGGUUCACAAAAUUCAGGACUGCUAAAUCUCGCUUCGGAAUCGCGUUUACGAUUUGUAAAAAUCAGUUCCAUUCCUUGCACCCAAAAAAGGCCACGAAGGUCUGCAACUGGUAACAAAGAUAUCUUGAAGAAAUGGUACACUAUAAUUUCACUAGUUUUUCAUUACUUUGCAGCCGGAUUUUCCUGAGACUUUUUGUAAACGAUAAACAACCAUCACGCCCGUUGAUGGUAUUAAACCCUGGUUAUUGACCUGAUUGGUCAAUUAUGUCGUGAUGUUAUUGGUCGUCUCUCAGUUAAGCGGGCAGUUAAGCCGUGAUUUCAUUGGCUAUGAAGAGUCGAAGUGUCGUUAGUGCGUAUUGAACCUUUUUUUGUCAAUUUAACAGUCUUUUAUUGAUAGUCAAAUUCUUUCGUUGUCAGUCUUGCUUGAGACCGUCAAUAAGUCGUUUGUACUAUGCCGAUAACUGUUUACUACCAUUGUGGGUGACAUUUGUUCUAAGUUAGGAAACCAGCUUUCUAAGGAGAGCUGUUAAUAGUAGCCUGCGCGCAGAUACUUUAAACCACACUAUAUGCGAAACGUGGGCCGUCUGGAUCGCAGGCUACGUUAAUAGUGGCCAUGGCGUGUAGAAUACUUAAUGCAUGUCGCAGAGACCCAGUCGAUUCGUUGCUCUUGUCUGUAAAUGAUGUUCAGUAUUGUGAUUUUUAAUAUCACCAUUUCCUGUCGCUCGUGUUUGUAUUCAGUCAGUCGCGUGCUAAAGUUUCUGCCGGUCUCACCAAUGUAGGUGGUCUGGCAGUCGCAGCAUUUGAUCUUUGUAUAGUGCUCUUUAAUUGUCUGUCCUUCGGCCUCUUCGUUUGCAUGCAACUUCACUUUUCUGGACUCUGUGUACUAUUGACUUUAUUAAAGGCUAACCCGUCCCUUUGAAAGUUUAUCACACUCACGUUCACUUCCUAAACAGAUGUUGAUGAAUGCAAUGAUGACAGGCAUGAUUGUCACGUGAAUGGAACUUGUACAAACACCGCUGGAUCCUUUGAAUGUGUUUGCAACGAUGGAUACUUUGGAGACGGACGCAAUUGUUCAGGUAGUCGUCCAGACCCUGAGAUAAUUAAAGGCCCGAUCCCCCAAAAAAAUUUUUUCGGCCCUUCGGACCUCUUAACUAAACCGACAUAUCUUAUCGACGCCAUAUUGCGUCACCCUUGAUAAAGUGCUGCCCCUAUUUAAGCUCCUCCUCCACGACCCCCCCCCCCCCCCACACCCACCCACCCCCGAACCCCCGCACCACCCCCCCCCACACCCCCCACGCCACAACACCGCCCUACACCCACUCAACCCUCAACUUCCAACUCCAGUUAGAACACAGUCUGCUAUGACAUCCUAUUAGAAACCCCCCCCCCCCCCCCCCCCCCCCCCGUGAAAGCAAGAAACUGAACCCGAACCCGAACAUGACACUCUUCCUAAAACAGUGAGGGAAACUUAUUUUUCUGCCUAGCACUGUUUUGUAGUUCGGAACGGCGAAAGUAACCAUUUUUUUUAUAAAUCUAUGAGGAUUUUUAAGCAAACGCCACCCUCAAAAUAAUCGCAUUCCGCAAAUGAGCGCCGCAGUCGAGUCGCAAAAUCGGAAUGAUAAAUGCCGCAGCGCGUAAUUUAGUAAAUCCGGUAUGUACCUUUGAUCUUGAAAGGGCCCGAAUGCCGAUCUUUCAGAAAAGUGUUUACAUAUCCCAAGACCUUUAAGGGGUUUGUUCAGAUGUCAAUUUUUUACAUCACCAACACGGAAAACGCAGGCGACUACAAGGAGAGGUAGAUAGCCGCCAACAACGAUCGUUUACCUGUUUCUUAAGCCGUAAGCUGCAGCACUGUGAUGUGGAUCGCAUUCUUCUUCCUUAUCGGGAUCUAACUUAAGCCAUUUCCUACUUUUGUCCAUCACUUCCUUAUGUUUGCCUCUACACUUCCCACAUUUUGCUGAAUAGAAAAGAUUGAGUGAACUACUGAGUUCAUCAUGGUCUUGCAAUUUUUAUGACAAGAGUAACAAUUACAGUACUUUGUCAUCAUCAUCACCGUCGUCAUUAUCAUUAUCAUCAAAAAAUUUUCCCUUUUCUCUUUGUCUUCUCAAAGAAAAAAAACACUCAUCUUGAUAAAGAAUUAAGUAAUUAAAUUACCGUAAAAUUCCGAAAAUAAGCCCCUCCGUGUAUAAAAAAAGCCCCUCCAAAUAUAUUAAGCCCCCCGGGGCUUGAACUUGGAAAAUUGCCCUUAAAUACAAAGUAAAACAAAGCAAAAAAGGUAAAUGUUUCCACGGCUAGCCCAAUCGAUUUUGAAACGCAAAUUUUCCUCCGUAUAUAAGCCCCUCCAAAUAUAAGCCCCUCAAAAACGGUCUUUGAAAAAUAUAAGCCCCGGGGCUUAUUUUCGGAAUUUUACGGUAUUAUACGAUUUUUAAUUCUUACGUGAUCCUAUUCCCACGGUGACUUUAAAAACCGACUGGAUGUUCUUCGCAGUCUCCAAACCAAUUACAUGCCUUUCGUUACAAUGUUUUUUACUGGGCCAAUAUGCGAUGGAUACUGGCAAGAACGAGGUGGCCGCCAAAAUUUUCCGAGUUUAUGCCGAUGUUGUGGGCAAAUUACCAUCUGUUGUACUUGAUCUUUCGUAAGGUCAAAAUGGCCGGCCCUUGACAGUAUUAGUUCCGCUUCACUGAGUUCAGACUUUAAUAGAUGACAGGUUUCAAGCUGAGUCGUAAUUGUGUCCUGACAUUCAUCUACUUUAACCAUUUGGGACAAACUGCGCGAACUUCCACACGCUAUUUUCUUAAUUUGCCCAAAGCUGCACGAUUCGAAAUUCAUGUUGAAGUUGUGGUAUCAGCGCUGUAGUAUUUGCGCGUGCCAACUUCGCUGCCAACUGGCUGUGUGAGAGGAGUAGGGUUGGAUCCCGGACUGUGGCCCUAGGAGCGUGAGAAAUAAAGCUGACCACUCUCAAUAGAAGAAACACACAGUGACAGGACGAAACUAUCUUAUUGAAAUUUCAUUAGGAAAGGUCUUUAAAUUAGAUAAAAAUGUGAACUCCUGUUAAGUGAUAAUUAAAUAAAGCAAAAAUAUUUAUUCGCAGUCCGCAUUGCAGUUCUUGUAGUUCUUGUCCAAAAGUUUCUGACCUGUUCGCGCAUAUUUAAUAACACCGUGGGAGAUUUACUUUUUUAACAUCUAACGUUCCUUUUUAAAAUGUGAUGGAGAUUAAGUCGUAUCAGAUACUGGGUAAUGCAGCUGCUUCACACUGGACCACAUUUGAGUGUAGCUAAAUGUCGUGGGUCGUGGGUCGUGGGUAGAGGUCGUGGGUCGUGGGUGUGGGUGUGGGUGUGGGUAAAUGUCGUGGGUAAAAAAGUAUAGAAAAUAAGUGAUAAAGUAAAGUAAUUGAAAAAAAGAAAUAAAUAGAAAAAAGUUGUAAAAUAUUUGCGAAACGAAUAUCUCCAACUCCUUGAUUGCCUUUUUCGUCAAGGCUUCUUCGUCCUCUUCCUGUGGGACUUGGCUCCCCUUUCACAGCAUCUCUGUAUAAAAGACAUUUUACCGAUGACGAUUUAUCCAUACCUGAGCUACAGCUGCGAAAUAAACGAAACAGACGUAAAUUAUACCUGCAAUUUGCAGGAACUAUGGGACAGCUCUGACUCGCUGAAUGGAAAUAGCUGCUCACUAUUUAUCUUUAUUCGAUCUACAAUUCCGAUGAUCAGUGGAGAUUUUUUAAUAUGAUGGAAUGCGAUCACCGUCAGAAAGGGAAGGGAAAAGGACAAUUUUUAGGUAUUUCACAUUUUUGGAUAGAAGUUUUAGGUUUCUUACCUUACGAAGGAACCACCUUCAUUCCCAACCUUUCAAGUUAAGGCGAGACUGUAUCUAUAUUUUAUUGCCGUACGGAAAUACAAUACAUUUCUCGAUUACUUUUUGUUUUGUUUUGUGUACAAACUCUUUGCUGUAACGAUUCGAAAUAUCACUCCUUAAACUGAAAGGACGUUUCACUCACGAAUGUUGACAUCUUUGAGAAAAAGCAGUUCAGUCUCCAGUUUUUGUAUAGCCUGCUUCAGGUUUACAUAGUGCACAGAGUUUCUUUUAUUUUUCACCUAAAUGUCUUUUUAGCGUCCGUUUUUACUAGAGGAUUCGGUUGUUUGCUUUGCUGACCGUGGGGAAGGAGAAUAGGACUGGUAUGUACGCGGAGAUUUUCGUUUCAUGACUUUUACAACUUUUUGCUAUUUAAUUUUUUAAUUUGUAUUUCUUUUUGGAAGAUUUUUUUACCCACGACAAUUACCCACACCCACGACUCACACCCACGACCCACGACCCACGACAUUUAGCUACACUCACCACAUUUUAAAGUAAAAGAGGUUUGGUUCUGAAAAGAAAUUUAAAAUCUCCAUCUUGACAAUUUAAACAACACUGCACUUUAACACAAAUGUUGGGAUAACUGGGUAUUUUAUGAAGCUUAAAACUGCAUCUUACGUACACCUGCGGAAGUUUGGAACAACAGGUAUCAUUGAAGAAGAAAGAAGAGAGAGAUAAAUUAGUUUUUGGUUGGAAAAUAGAAGACGUGGCAAAUAUUUGGAUAACUGGACGAGAAAUUUUUCUGUCAAAGCAGCCGGCGUCACGCAAUGAAAAUUCAGCAACAAUAUGCAAAUUUAAACCGCAAACUUUAAUUCUGAACCGCGUUGUGCCACAAGUUUUAUUGCAUAAUUUGAUAGAAUACCUCUUUAUCUUUAACUAAAACAUGUUUUAAAGUCUAGGUUAGGUGCCACUUUUAAGAAUUUUGUGAAAUUUCUGAGGCAUAUUUUGGUGCAGUUUGCUUACUUAAUUGAAUUACGAGAAUAAAGAUAACCUGUUUUUGCUGAUUACAGAGAGAUACGGCUAAAUCGUAUAGGAACAAUAAGAAGAAGCAAUAUACUUCCAAAUGAGUGCAAAUGGUCUAGGUUUUAACGGCCCGCAUUAGCUUUUAACGAUCGUUGAAAAACCUGAAUAACAGCGUCUAAAAUUUCCAGGUAACGGUCGUUCAGAGAUGAAAUGCCGAUAAUGGCAGUAAAAUAAACGAUUUCCUCAUUCUAACUGCAUUUUCGUUAUAAGGAUGGAUAGUGGUAUUGAUGAUAUAAAUAUAAGGCAAAAGUGUUUUCGAGUCUGAAAUCGAGUGGAACGCUUUUAGGGACAUUGCCUCUUAAAAGACGAUACCUUAGAUAAAAGCAUCUAUGGAAAAUUACUUUCGCGCGAAUCUUAUAAAAGGGACAAUUUAUUUAACAGGUGGGAAUACGCGCGUCUUGUCUAAAUUGUCUAUUGCAUAAAGGUGCUGGUAGACUUACACAUUUUUCUUUUGCUGAACAUAAACUGUACCGAGGCGUGUUAGUGACUGACGUCUCGACAACCCGUGCAGUAGUCAACUUCAGAGUCAAAGUGAGUUUUAUCACGUCAGUUGAUGAUGUAGUGUCAAUGAGCCUGUCAUCAUUUCAGAGUAUAGUAUAAUAUAAUAAUAGUAUAAUGUAAUAGUAUAAUAUGCAAUAUCCUCUAUACCCGAGGUCGUAAUACGUUCUAAAUUCGACCCCUAUCAUGAAAGACCCCAGAUUCUAUAACCACCUUUAUCUCUUUUCCCUGAGCCUUAUCCUCUUAAUUACUUCACUUUACUGACACUCAUCGAAAGCAGAAUAACACGUGCUCGACUUAAAGUAUCAACUUAGUUUAAAAAUUCGUGUCCAAAUGUUUUUUAUUUUUUAUUUUCAGAGAACUGGAAGAAGAUCAAUACUGGCCUAGUCUGCUUUGGAGCUCGAGAUAACUCAUAUGGGGCUUUCAACAUCAGAGAGAGUGGGGUCAUUCAUACCUUUAAACUCGUUCAUCUGAGUGGGUCAGUUAAAUGUAUCCCCACAAUCCCACCUUCUUAUUGGGGAUGUAACAAUCCCAGCUUUGGAGACACGAGACUCCUAACCGUCAUAACGUUCAAGAACAGAUCCGCUCUUUUGUUGGCAGAUUACACAGAACGUUGUGGUUAUCCAUAUAAGAUCGAAGGUGUAGGUGUUAAUGACAACGAACUUCGAUUUAACAAUCUCCGCUCUCCAAUAUCUGUGUCUGUUGGAGAUGAGUUUCAAAUUUGGUACGGACAUGACUUAAAGGACUGUUACGAAAGCGAUAACAGUGGUCAGACAUGUGCUGAUGUUUAUGCGUGGUACGCGUGA